AUGAAUUUAUUUAAUAAAACUAAUUCUUCUACUGUUCUUCGAACAUGUACACCUUGUUGUCCGUUUGAUGCUAAAAAUUUACUUCAUCCACAAUACAAUUAUUUUCCUUUGAAUGAAAUCGAAACCAAUGCUAAUAGAAUAACUUCAAAUUCAGAUGCAUGUUGUUUAAGUAAACUUCAAGUUGAUUGUCGUAUUCAAUAUCAUAAGAGAAAAAAGAAAAAUAAGAAAAUCAAACGGUAUGAUUCAAUAAAUUCUUAUCAAAACAUAAAACGAAAGAUUUCAUCAUCAAAUCGUCAUCGAAAACAAAAGAAAUUUCGUUCAAGUACGAAUACAAAUAGUCAUUAUGAUUUGAAUACACAAACAUCUUCAUCAUCUCUUUCGACAUUAUCAAAUACUGAUGAAAGUCAGUUAACUGAACAAUCAUAUUCUUCGAAUCUAUCGAAAAAACAAUAUCAAUAUUAUAAUAAAUCAACAAAUGCACAACAAUAUGAUAAAACAAAUCAAUCACAACAACAUAUUCUAGAUUUAAAAACUUCUAUAGAUAAUCUAACACAAUUAUUUAUUCAUCAACAAAAAUCUAAUCAAUCAAUUUUUAUUUCAUUUAUUGAUAAAAUUCGUCAUUUUUUUACUUCAUUUAAAUCAUCAACAACAUCAAAUGAAGAUCGAAUCAAUGAAAUUCUUGAACGAAAUCAUUUAACGAAAGAAAAACUUGUUCAUAUCUAUCAUUUAUUUGAUAAAAAUGAAACAAUAUUUCUCAAUUGGUUACAAACUAUCAUGCCUAACUAUUUUCUUCCACUAUUACUCAACUAUCAACAACGAGGUGGGAUGGCACAUUUAAAUCAGAAUGAACCGUUAUGUAUUGUACAAGGAUGUCCAAAUGGUCUACAAACCAAUCCAUCAAUACAAUAUUUUGCUGUACCAGUACAUACAGCAAAUAUUGCUGCAACUUGGUAUAAAAAUACAAUGCGUACUGAUUUACGUUCAUCACAUACACAUCGUGUAUGUGAACAACAUUUUGAAGAACCAUGUUUUGAUUAUGUUGGAAAUGGUACCAAAGUACUUAAACCAAAAUCAUUACCGACGUUAUUUGAUUUAGAAGUUUUUUAUAAAAUGAUUGCAUAUCAUGAUAAAUUACAAGAAUCCGAUAAAUCAAAUAAGAAAACAAAUAUUACUUUUCAUACAAGUAAUCCAGAUUUAGAUGGACGAACAUUAGAACCAAUAUUAAAAAUGAAUCUUGAAAGUGGUCAUGUUAAAACACGUUUAGCACCAACAACAUCAGUUAAUAAUUCUCAACAAGAACAAACAGAUAAUUUAAUUAAUAAAAAUCAAUCAUCUUUUGUUGUUAAUAAACCAUUAUUAAACCAUCAUGAUAAUUUUGAAAAUAAAGCAUCGAAUCGUUGUCAUGUUGAAGGUUGUGCACAUAAUUAUGUUGCACGACGUCAUCGUGUACAAUUAUAUAAAAUUCCACGUGAUGCAACAGUAGCUCGAAAAUGGCUUGAUGCAUGUGGUUUUGAAAGUAUUCCAGUAUUACCAUCAACAUCAACAUUUAAAGUAUGUCGUGAACAUUUUACACAAAAUGAUUUCGAAGGACCAACAACAUUACGUCCUAAUGCUGUACCAUCACUUUUUACUACUUAUUCUCGUUCACUUAUGGAUAAACAAAAUUUAAAUGAUACAAAUUCAUCAGCAUCAUCAACUCCAACAUCACAAGCAAAACGUUUUCGAUCUGAUAUGGCUAGUAUUCGUGCUAAACAAACAUUACCAAUGAAUAAUAAUAAUAAUACUAUCAACAAUAAUAAUAAUAUAAACAAUAAACGAGCACAAAUGCCUUAUCGAAAUAAUAAUAAUAAUAAUCAAUAUCAAAGACAAUUUCAUCAUAAUCAUGAUCAACAACAACAACAGCAACAGCAGCAGCAGCAACAACAAUUGCAACAAAUUCUAUCACCAUCACCAACACGUGAAAAUUUAGACGAUAAUCUUAAACAAAUCAUUAAUGAUACAAAACAAAUAACAGAUAUAGAAUUAAAUCUAAAUUGUUCAGACGAACAAUUAUCCGAAGUUCAAUUAGCACAUUGUCCUGUUAAAGCUCUUGAUCGAACAGAAACAACAAAUGGUAUAACACCAAAACCACGUAAUCCCGUGGGUCGUCCUCGUUUACAUCCACGUUUUCCGCCGACGACAUCAUCAUCAUCAACAACAACGACAAAUUCUGUAGCACGUCGUUCGAAUUAUCGUGCAAAUUAUGUUGAUGAUGAUCCAGAUGAAUUAGAUGAUUUAGAUGAAUGGAAUUUUGAUGAACUUGAUCAAGAUGAUACUGUUCGUGAUCGUGAUUGGGUUAAUCGUCAACAAGAUGAUCGUUUACCAUGGUCAAAACGUAAUAAUGCAACUGUUAAUAAUUAUUCAUCAACUUAUCAACGUGGUGGUAAUGGUAAUAAUUAUCGAAAUAUUCGACAACCAGUACCUUUUCAACAACAACAACAACAGCAGCAACAGCAACAACAGCAACAGCAGCAACAACAACAACGUAGUUCAAUUAAUAAUCAACAACGAGCAUCUCGUGGACAAUUUUAUCAAACACAGUUUGUUAAACCAGAACCAACACGAAAAGCAACAAUACCAUUUCUUCAACCAGCUUUUGCUCCAAAUGCUUCAACACAAUAUCCACGUGAUCAACCAUUGCCUCGUCUUAAACCAGGCACAGUUCGAACACGAGAAGAAGGUCUCGAAGUUGAACUUGAACAUACGUAUAAACGAGCAUUAUCGAAAUAUUAUGGUCAAAAACCCGGUCGAAAUUUACCUUUAUCCGAUUAUGGUGAUUUUCGUAGUCAAUGUCCUAUGUGUGAAAGUCUUCUAUUUGAUAAUAAUAUACAAUUGAUAACACAUCUUUGUCAACAUCUUGAUCAACAACAACAAAAUGAUGAAAAUAAUCGUGAAGAACAAUUUCAACCACAUACAAAUUCUCCAUUCGAACAAAUUAAUACGAAAUGUCCACAUUGUCAAUCAGAAUUUUCUAAUCCAUAUUUUCUUGCUAUGCAUAUUGAUGAUAAACAUAUGCUUGAAAUAAAUGAAUAUCGUUGUCGUAUAUGUGAACAACAUCAUACAUCAUUAUUAGAAUUAGUAGCACAUUUAAAUUUAUGUCAUUGUGGUUUAGAAAUGCCAUAUUUUUGUAAAGUAUGUUCAUUUCGUACAUCAAUGCAUGCUGAUAUGAUUUAUCAUAUUGAUGAAGUACAUAAAGGUACAAGAUAUUUCUUUUGUCCAUAUUGUUUUAUUGCUAUUGAAUUACCAUUCAUGACAAAUUCAUCAACAAUACUUAACGGAACAUUAGCUUAUAAACAUUUAUUACUUCAUUUUAAUAAAGUUGAUCAAGGACGUACAACACAAUCAAAAUUUAAACAUUGUAGAAAAUGUGUUUUACAUGUUGCAUCAAUGAAAGAUCAUUUACAACGUGAUCAUUUAAAUAUCGUUGAUGGAAUAAAAGCAACUUAUUAUGAUGAAGAUGAAAAUCAAGAAAAACAAAGUGAUGAAGGUGAACAAUACGAUGAUUCAAUCAUGGAUACAUCUUCAUUAUCCACUGAUAAACCAACUUCAAGAUAUAUAACACCAGCAAAAACUGGUUAA